AUGAACUCUUUAAUCACUGCUCGCGGGCCCGACUCAAUUCAAGGAGCAGGUUCUCCCGCAUCAUCACCACUCAUUGCGGCUUUCAACGGCGUACAAUUGACAGGGCUAGUCCUUCUCUUGGCUGUCGUUUUGACUGCUUGGUUGGCACCGACUGUUAAACGAUCCCCUGCCUGGUACAACGUUAUCAUCUCUUGGAUCUUCUCCUCAUCCUCCUUCCUUCUGCUCAUGGGACGGCAAGCGGGACCUAGUCCUCCGUUUGGACUAUGUCUGGUUCAAUCCAUGUUCAUUUAUGCGGCUCCUGCAAUGAAUGCGUGUGUCUGCCUCUGUUUCGCGCUUGAGCUUUUCUUCAGCGUAUUCGGCGCUACCACUCAGACCCGAACAUCAUUUAAGUGGAAGUUCCUUAUUGUGUCUCUCCCAUACGUGACAACAUUCUUGGUUUGCCUGGAAGUCUUAACGAUCGGUUUAAUCAACCGAAACUUAGUCGAGCGAAAUGCGAUUGGGAUGUAUUGUCAUCUUAGCAUAUCAGCGCCUUCGAUAGUCACAGGCGUCAUAGUCAUCUUUGUCAUGAUAUCCGUAUUGCCUGUCGUCGCCGUUGUCAUCUUCAUGUUCAUACGGAACUGGAGCAACUUCCGAACUCUUUGCGCUGAGGAGAAUGGGGGAGUACCGCGCAGGAUGAUGAUACGGUUUGGGAUAUUCUGCAUAUUGCCACUUCCCAUCGUCACCAUAUCGCUGGUUAGUUGGCAGUUCUCUGACAGAAGUCCUAGCGCUGCUCCCUUGGCCAUAGUAAUCGCCACCCUCCCAAUCAUGAUCGCUUUGAUAUUUGGGACACAAUGGGAUAUACUCCAUGUCUGGAUGUUUUGGAAACGACACCCCCAUCCCGUAUAUCCUAUGUCCCCAGUCAAGCCGCUAGCCGCUCCGCUGUCGAGGGAGGAGAUAGAGUUGGAUAUCAAGCCCAGUCUCUCUAAUGUGUAA